CCCCAGCCUCAGCCCUCAACCCAACCCCCAGCCUCAACCCUCUCAACCCUCAGCCCCCAGCCUCAGCCCUCAGCCCUCACCCCCAGCCCUCAGACUCGCUCAACCCCCACCCCAGCCCUCAACCCCCAACCCUCAGCCCUCAGACCUCACCCCCGCCCCAGCUCAACCCCCAAGCCCUCACCUCAAGCCCCACCCUCAGCCCUCAGCUCAGCCUCAGCACCCCCAGCCUCAGCCCUCAACCCGCCCCCCAGCCCUCAGCCCUCAACCCCCAGCCCCCAGCCCCAGCCUCAACCCCAACCCCCAGCCCUCGCCCUCACCCUCAGCCCCCUCACCCUCAGCCCUCACCCCCAGCAGCCCAGCCCUCAACCCCCAACCCUCAGCCUCAGCCUCAACGCCCCAACCCCCUCAACCCUCAAGCCCUCAGCCCCAGCCCUCAGCCCCAGCCAACCCACCCACCAGCCUCAGGCCCUCAACUCAGCCUAGCUCCCAGACCUCAGCCCUCAACCCCAAAUCUCCCCAGCCAUCAACCUUCAGCCCUUUAGCCCCCAGCCUCAAUCCUAGACCUCAAACUCAGCCAUCAGACCAUCAAGCCCUCAGCCCUCAGCCCUCAGCCCACGCAGCCCUCAACCCUCAGCCCUCUCAGCCUCCAAGCCCUCAGCCCCUCAGGACUCAAACCUCAGCCCCAGACUCAGCGCACCCCAGCCCUCUCUAA